AUGGCAGUAGGAGUUUUUCCAGCAUUUAAAUUAGGAGUUUUGUUUUUGAAACAAAUAAGUAAACCAAUAGCAAAACUUCUUGUUUCACAAGCUAAAAAUCAUCCAGUAUUUAGGACAUAUUUUAUUAUUCCACCGGCUCAAUUUUAUCAUUGGGCUGAAGUAAAAGCUAAAAUGUAUGUGAUGAACUUGGGUAAGCCAACGAAGGUUGCUAAGUUAAACGAACAAAUGGCAAUUGAGCUUGGAGCUAAUUUAAUGGGUGAAGUUAUAAUCUUCACUGUUGCUGGAGGAUGUAUUUUAUUUGAGUACAACCGUCAGUCGGUUAAGGAAGCUAAAAAAGAAGCUGACAGACAAGCUCAAGUACAAAAAUUCACAGAUGACAUCCAAGCGUUACAUGAAAGCUCUCAAGAGCAGGAGAAACAAAUAAAAUAUUUAACAACUGUCGUAGAAGAACUCGCUAAAAACCCUAAGCAAAAAAUUAAUUUAGAAAAAUUAAAACCUGUUGAGCUAGUACCUAGUAGUGAUACAAAUAGUCCUGAUGACUUGAGCCGUAAAAGUCCUGAUGAUAAAUCAGUUGUUCAUCGAGCUCUUGGUUACUACGAGAAGGAUGUUAAAGGAACUAGGAGUUAA